AUGGCCGGCGGCAUUUUCUCCCCGCUGGGGAGCUGCUCGGAGCUGGAGAAGGCCAACUGCCACCCGCUGGUCUGCCUGCUCUGCCACGAGCCCUACCAGCACCCCUGCCUGCUCGACUGCUACCACAACUUCUGCGCCAGCUGCCUGCGGGGCCGCGCCAGCGACGGCCGCCUGCGCUGCCCGCUCUGCGGGCACCCCUCGGUGGUGAGGGGGGGCACGGGGCUUCCCCCCGUGGACCGGCUCCUGCAGUUCCUGGUGGACAGCUCGGCCGACGGCGAGGAGGACGUGCAGUGCGCCAACUGCGACCGGCGCUGCGCCAAGGCGGAGCUGGACACCAUGUACUUCUGCAACACCUGCGGGCAGCCCCUCUGCGCCCCGUGCCGCGAGGAGACCCACCGCGCCAAGAUGUUCGCCCGCCACGAGAUCGUCUCCCUCUCGAAGCGCACCAAAGACAUCCACAAGAAGUGCCCGCUGCACGAGGAGCCCUACAUCAUGUUCUCCACCGAGAAGAAGUCCAUGCUCUGCAUCAACUGCUUCAGGGACAUGCAGGGGGAGAGCCGGGCGCACUGCAUCGACAUCGAGACGGCGUACAUGCAGGGCUGCCAGCGGCUGGACCAGGCGGUGAUGGCCGUGAAGGAGCUGCAGACCUCCACGCGCGAGGCCAUCGUCCUCCUCAAGGCCAUGAUCGAGGAGGUGCGCAACAGUGCCAGCGAGGAGGAGGCGGCCAUCAACUCCCUCUUCGGCCGCAUGCAGGAGCAGCUCUCCGAGAGGAAGAAAACGCUCCUGAAAGCCGUGCAGAGCCAGCACGAGGAGAAGGAGAAGGCGUUCAAGGAGCAGCUCGCCCACCUCGCCUCCCUGCUGCCCACCCUGCAGGUCCACCUGGUGACCUGCUCGGCAUUCCUGAGCUCCGCCAACAAAGCCGAGUUCCUGGACCUGGGCUACCAACUGAUGGAGAGGCUGCAGAGGAUCGUCAAGCUGCCGCACCGCCUGCGGCCGGCCCAGACCAGCAAGAUCAACAGCGAGUACCAGGCAGAGUUCGCCCGCUGCCUGGAGCCCCUGCUGAUGCUCAGCCCCCGCCGCUCUGUGGUGGGCAGCGCCGGCGGCAUCGGUCCCGGCAUCGCUGGCACGAACAUGCUCCCUGGCGGCCAAUGCUCCAAGACCCUCAUGGUGCCCAGCUGCCCCCCCGCCGGCGAUAAAAUGUCCGCCGGCCCCAUGGUGCGGAAGCCGACGAUGCACCGGUACAUCAGCACCAAGGUCCUGCUGGCCGAGGGGCGCGAGACCCCCUUCGCCGAGCACUGCCGCAACUACGAGAACACCUACCGGAUGCUGCAGACGGAGAUCCAGGGCCUGAAGGACCAGGUGCAGGAGCUGCACCGCGACCUCACCAAGCACCACUCGCUCAUCAAGACGGAGAUCAUGAGCGAGAUCCUGCAGAAGUCCCUGCAGAUGGACGUGCAGAUCGCGGCCCACUACUCCGCCGUGGAGAUGAUGCGCAGCGUCUUCGAGGAGGUCUGGGAGGAGACGUACCAGCGGGUGGCAAACGAGCAGGAGAUCUAUGAAGCCCAGCUCCACGACCUGCUGCAGCUGCGGCAGGAGAACAGCUGCCUGACCACCAUCACCAAGCAGAUCGCGCCCUACGUCCGCUCCAUCGCCAAGGUGAAGGAGCGGCUGGAGCCCAGGCUGCAGGAGCACCGGGAGCCCAAGGAGGAACAGGCGCAGAUGCUGCUCAAGAUCUGCGACGACAGCAAAGCGGCGCCAAGGGACAGCGGCAAGGAGGGGGCUCCGGCCAGCCCCGGGGAGGGCUGCGCGCCCGGCGCUGCCCCCGGAGACCCCUCCCCGAAAAGCAAAGACUGCUGCAGGGGCCAGCCGAAAAGCGGGACCGAGAGCGCCGCCCGGAAAGAGCUUGCACCGUAGAGCCUGACGCCGAGCGAGGGCGCGGAGCCGCUCGCUGCACAAAAGCCGUGCCCCAGUUGUGA